AUGAGGCCUUGCCCUGUGAAGGCUGGGUGGCUGGCGGUCGGGCGGGACCGGGUGUGCGCUGCGGACAUAGUCUGGGUGCCGCGGCUGCCCGUCCAGGAGGAGCCUCCUUCGGCGCUGCAGCAAAGCACGGUUUUGUUCCUUAUCCAUGGAGAGCAUGGACUCAACAGACAUGCUGACAACAAGGUUUAUCAACACCCAGAAUAUUUAAGGAGAGUGCAUCUGGGAUUUCUGGAUUACUUCUGUUUUUCAGGAAAGCAGUCUGAAUUUGAGGCAGAAUUGCAGUCUGCUGGUGGGAGGCUGAUAGUCGUUGACUUCUCUGCCACAUGGUGUGGACCAUGCAAAAUGAUCAAGCCCUUUUUCCAUAGUUUGUGUGAGAAGUAUGGUGAUGUGGUGUUCAUUGAAAUUGAUGUGGAUGAUGCCCAGGACGUUGCUGCACACUGUGAUGUGAAGUGCAUGCCAACAUUCCAGUUCUACAAGAAUGGGAAGAAGGUGCAAGAGUUCUCUGGGGCCAAUAAAGAGAAGCUGGAAGAGACCAUUAAAAGCCUAGUCUGAUCUCCAGCCAUGGAGACUUUGAAGCAUGACUGCUUCGGCUAAAUUAUAGCCUGUAACUUUUCUACUUAAAAAAAAUAAAGCAAACUAGCUAGAUUAAGUGGUGAAAACUGUCCUCUUGAUCUAUGUGAAUAAGUACAAUAAAGUGUAAAUUCUUCA